AUGAACGAGAGCCGAGAGCGAAUUCGACGUGAGAGGGAGAGAGAGAAGAACACAUAUACCUCUCCUCGUCUCGCAUUGCGUCGCGUGUUGCUAUUGGCUGAAGGGCGUCAGUUCCGCGAAGCAGCAGCCAUAGUAUCGAGACUAGGACCCGGAGUCCUGCAGAGUGUAGCUUCAGACCUACCCGUGGAUUUGCUUAUCGAAGCUUUACCCCAUUCUGCUCAUCUUAUAGAAACUCUACUGAAUAGGUUGCUAUCCCUCGAGAUUGUACCGAGGCCGGAUCUACAAUGUGAGACGGUCGCGUGGCGUCUCGUCGGCCUGCUCGGAGCCGAUCAAGGGUCUGGACUGAGGGCCAGAACAGCUCGCCUGGCAAAUGCCCUGGCGCACUACAGUCCUGAUGCGAGGGACGCCGUGGAUAACAGGAGGAGACAGCUAGAUGCGGCUGUACAAGGCUUAGGCACCCAUGGGUUAACAGCCGACGCGUCAGGGUCGUUGAUUUCGCUGCACGUUGCCAUGAAGAACGAGCUACAGCGACACGUGGAGGUCUAUAAGCAGGCGUUGCACAAGCUGGAGGAGCUGUCAUCAGUGACAGUGAACCAAGACCCAGCGUCAUCAUCCCACCAGCGUUUACUGGCGCUGUCUCAUGCCGAUGUAGAGAGGCGACUCAUCGACAACAAAUCCUUGUUGACUAUUGUCGAUAAACCCGCGUUACGACAGUUGCCGACCCUAGUGGCGUCUUUAGCGGCUAGGGUUGAGAGCGACAAGGCUGUUCUAGCUUGCGUCGGACAAAUCAAGAGAAGUGACCCCACCUUGGACUUGAGCGAUACGAGGCCGGUAGCCGGCGUGCUGAUGAGCUACUCCAGAGGCUGUGCUGCCGUGCUCUCUCAGAUGAAUGAGGGUCAGGUGGCAGAGACGACGCCGAGAUCACCUACUGACUCCGCCAGCGACGGGUACCACUCUGACAGCGAUGACGCUCAGCAGCAUCCAGAUAGGAGCAAGCUAGUGUCUCAGUACGCAGCGGUGUGGGCGCGGGCGGCGGAUGAGGCGUUGCCAGCGCUUGCCGCUCUCGAGCCGCUCAAAUCGACCCCCAAUCUGAAGUACAAGAUUGUAUUCUCUGUUGUUGUUCUAUCCUUCCGAGCAGCAAUCAGUCUUCGCGACAAGCGAAUAAGCGAAGUGAAGGCGAUGCUGGGCUGUGAAUCAGAUUCAACGCCGGGUGCGGCGCAGUUCUCCGCAGCUGCGUUGCGCCUGUUACGCAGCACAGCACACACGUUCCCGCUGGGAGAAGCGGAACGAACGGUUAUUAAUCAGGUAGCGAGCACGCUCCGCGAGUACCCGUGCCUGUCGUCGUGCGGCGCGCUGCACGCGCUGGCCGCGGCCUCGUGCCGCGCCGCCUGGGCGCUCGCGCUGCACUCGCCGCCGCUGCGCAUCGACACCGACUUCACACCGGUUGUGAUGAACCCAGAAAAGCACGUGCGCUUUUCACUCGGCGACGCGCGCGAGCGUCGCUCCGACCUCAUCAAGUCCUUCGUCUGGCCCGCGCUUAUGGACGGCAACAGAUGCGUCUUCAGAGCUGUCGUACUAACAUGA